UUUUCUCCCUUUUUUUGCUGAUUUACUUUCUGGGUUUUUCUUAUUUUCAGUUCUUGAAGUUUAUAAGAAUCUCAUUUCAAGUGUUUUUUUUUUCUGGGUUUCAAGUAAAGACUCCAUUUUUAUUUUUAUUUUGCAGAAAUUAUCAACCAAAAUUGGAGAAUUCACCGUUUUUUCUCCAUUGUUUUGUUGAUUUCCUUUCUGGGUUUCUCUUGUAUUCAGUUCUUGAAGACUGAAGAAUUUGCAUUUCAAGUUUCUUUUUUCUGGGUUUCAUAUAAAGACUCCAUUUUUUUUUUGCAGAAAUUUUCGACCAAAAUUGGGGUUCACCAUUGUUUCUCCCUUCAUUUGUUGAUAUCCUUUCUGGGUUUCUCUUAUUUUCAGUCCUUUUAUCUUAUAUAAGUCUCAUUUCAAGUGUUUCUUUGUCGUUGUAAGGCGAUUGUUUGUUCUGGGUUUCAGAUAAGACUCCAUUUUUUCCCCCCCAAAAUUGGGAUUCACCAUUUUUCACCCCUUUUUUUGCUGAUUCCCUAUUUGGGUUUUUCUUCUUUUCAGUUGUUGAAGCCUAUAUAAGUCGCAUUUCAAGUGUUUUGUUUUGAUCCUUGUUGAUUUUUCGUUCUGGGUUUCGAAUAAAGACUCCAUUUUUACCCAGAAUUUCUUCGAAUUGAGAAGUAUGGUGGUUCUAGUUUCACGUUCUGGCAGGCAUUUACAGAGAUACAACCAGGGUCGUCGCCAAGUCGUUGGAUGUAUCCCUUACAGACAUAAGGAUAAUUUUGACCUAUCCAUGGCGGACGAAGAUGCAUUUGAAGUUCUUCUCAUAAGUCCUCAGAGAAAAGGAAAAGGAUUGUUGUUCCCUAAGGGAGGUUGGGAAAAGGAUGAAACAAUUGAAGUUGCAGCAAGGCGUGAGACGAUUGAGGAAGCUGGUGUUUGCGGCGAUAUUGAGGGCAAACUAGGAACAUGGUACUUCGAGAACAAAAAUGGUGACACUGCCUAUGAAGGACAUAUGUUCCCUUUAUUUGUGAAAGAGGAACUAGAUUUGUGGCCUGAGAAAGACAUCCGUGAAAGAUUUUGGAUGAGCGUUCAAGAAGCAAGAAAGCUCUGCCAACAGGGGUGGAUGAAAGAAGCAUUGGAGAUGUUAGUUAGUCGGCUCACAUCACAACGUAGGCGGACUAAAAUGGACCUGUUUUCAAGAAUCAGCCGUGGCUCCAGUGGUCAUGGAACUGUUUUACGUUUGGGAUGUAGGGCUCAAGUACUUGCUCCACCACCACCAAGCCCGGCAGAAGAGGCCUAGUUUCCAUCAGCCAAAGAAUGUGGCAGAAAUAGCUUGUAAAUAAGAAAUUAGAACAGCACAUGGUAUGUGGAUUAGCUGCACAUCACGGUUGGAAAGCUGCUGCAAACAAAAGCAUGGUUUUGAGUGAAGGAAGGUAGAGGUGUAGGCCCAUUAUUCUCAAGAUUUCGAACUGUAGGCCGGUGAUCCUUCACCAAGUGUUGAACCCGGGCCACUUAUCAUUCACCAAGUUUUGACCCAAGCGCCUAUAAUCCUUGGGGAUGUCUCGGUUAUUAAAAAGAUAGGAAAUCGUGUACGAUGGCUGGUGGAGUACAAGUCACUUUAUCCAGAUGUAACAGUGUAGUAGCAACUGCAGACGGAGUCGUAUGUCUAGCUAGCAAUCUGUCUUAGUGCUAACUCCAAUUUUCAAGAAAACAGAAACAUAGAGGUACAUAGAACUGCUUAGUUUUUUUUUUUCCCUCCUUGUUUUGUUUUCUUAGAAUUGGAGUUGUAUAUAGAUGGACUGUUGAAUGGCUUUAGGCUCAGAAACAGUGUUGUUUAGGAUGCAGUCUUUUUUAGGAACUUUACUUUUCUGCCGAAAGAUAGUAAAGUUGCCUUUUAACUUA